CUCUCUCUCUCUCCCUCUGUCUGUCAGUCAAGACAAUAGUUGUAAGAUAGAGAGAGAGAGAGAGAAGGUCCACAUAACUGUCCAGCCUGCAAGAGAGUAGAAAUGCAGCAACAUUAGACUUGAAGGACUUCUACGCCCUACAAUCUUCAUCAACUCAAUAUCUUCACUCACUUCGAUCUAUGUUUUUAUAUUUUAUAACCCUUCAAGAUCGACCAAACUAAUAUAUAUAUAUAUAUAAAGACUACUACUACAUUAUCUUUUGAGAGAGAGAGAACACCCUAGCUACCAAGGGUGGAAUGGCAAUCCAAAGGUGGAGUAAUCAUCUACUGUUGUUGUACCUAGUACUCUUCAGUACUACAAUCAUCACCAUUGGUGCAGCCGUAACCAAACAACAAGAGCUUGAUAGAAUAUCGGUGCUUCCCGGUCAACCUCCGGUGCCAUUCUCUCAAUUUUCUGGCUAUGUCACCGUCAACAAGCAGCACGGCCGAGCUCUCUUCUAUUGGUUGACUGAAGCUCAUACUAAUCCUAACAACCACCCUCUUGUUCUUUGGCUCAAUGGAGGACCAGGUUGUUCAUCAGUAGCAUAUGGAGCAUCAGAGGAAAUUGGGCCAUUCCAAAUUAACAGAACCGGUUCUUCUCUAUAUCUCAACAAGCACUCCUGGAAUAAGGAAGCAAACAUUCUCUUUCUUGAAUCACCUGCCGGUGUAGGUUUUUCAUACACAAAUGUGAGCUCCGAUCUCAAGGAUUCCGGGGAUGAGAGGACAGCUCAGGAUGCUCUAGUUUUUCUUAUAAGAUGGAUGUCAAGAUUUCCACAAUACAAAUAUAGAGACUUCUACAUUUCUGGGGAAAGCUAUGCAGGGCAUUACGUUCCCCAGUUGGCCAAAAAAAUCCAUGAUUUCAAUAAAGCAUCUUCUCAUCCAAUCAUCAAUCUUAAAGGAUUCAUGGUGGGAAAUGCUGUAACAGAUAACUACUAUGACAGCAUAGGGACUGUUACAUUUUGGUGGAGCCAUUCGAUGAUAUCUGACACAACCUAUAAAUCAAUCCUCAAACACUGCAAUUUCACAGCAGAGAGAAGUUCACAAAAAUGUGAUGAUGCUGUAAACUAUGCCAUGAACCAUGAGUUUGGAGACAUCGAUCAGUACAGUAUUUAUACGCCGUCUUGCAUGGCAUUACCUAAUAGUACUAUUCGGCCUGUAAGGCUCAAGAACAGUCUUAUACGUAGAAGAGUUUCCGGAUACGACCCCUGUACAGAGAAUUAUGCAGAGAAGUACUAUAAUCGACCAGACGUACAGAAGGCAAUGCAUGCAAAUACUACUGGGAUCCCAUAUAGAUGGACUGCUUGCAGUGAUGUUCUAAUAAAGAAUUGGAACGACUCUCAAGUUUCUAUGCUACCCACAUACAAGGAGCUAAUUGCGGCUGGUCUCAGAAUCUGGGUGUUUAGUGGGGACACAGACUCUGUAGUUCCAGUGACAGCCACUAGGUUCUCCCUUAACCAUCUAAACCUUACAAUUAAGACCCGGUGGUAUCCGUGGUAUUCCGGUGGCCAGGUAGGAGGCUGGACAGAGGUCUACCAUGGACUAACAUUUGCUACAGUUAGAGGGGCUGGGCAUGAAGUUCCUAUGUUUCAGCCCAAGAGAGCUUUUAUUCUUUUUCAAUCAUUCUUGGCCGGCAAUGAAUUACCAAAAUCAUAAGAAUUUCCAUGGAGACAGACAGGAAGCAAAUUUUGGGCAUAUAGAUUUAAGCAGUUCAGAUGUUGAAGCAAUUCAAUCAAUUAGAAUUCCCAUAAAAAGUUGCGCGUUAAGUGACUACAACAGGACCUAUUCAUUCAAAUUGGUAUUUGUAUUAUUAAGAUUACUCAUUUCUAUUCAUUGUAGAAUUCAGAUUUUGAGCAGGAAAUGAGCUAAGCCAAGCCACUGACUUUUCAUGUCAUGCUCAUCUA